AUAUUUCUAGCUGUGUUGGAUUGUGUCUAGAAUGAGAGGUUUACUAAAGUAUAUAAAUUACUAAUUUUUUUCAGAGAGUCUAUGUAUAAAGUGUUUGCUAGUGUUGAAAUGGCAUCACUUACAUUACAGAAUGCAGAGGCAUAUUAGCUAUAAAGAAAGAUAAAUUGAAACCUGGAAGUUGCACAGGACUUUAAAAAAUGGCAUAAGCAUAUGUAUAUUUUUUAUUAUCAUGUGGGAUGGCUUGUAGAAUCACAUUGUUCUCUAUGGUUUAUCAUUUCUCUAUUUUGGACAGUAGAAUAUUGGCAUAGCUUUUGGGGAAUACAGUAUUGGAUAUGACAAAAUGUGUAAUAAACCUUAUGGAAGCUAAGCUGGCAGACAUCUUAAGAAAAUGGAUAUUUAUUUUUUUUCCAGCAGAAUCAAGUACGUUCCUAAUAGCCCUGGCAUUUUUUUAGUAUAUUCUUUAAAGCAUCACUGAUGGGUAAUGCUGUGGAAUACCUCAAAACUAAACCAGUUCAGCACUGUUAAAGAGAUACCCAUAAUAAUAUUCAUGUAAGCAUGAAAAUAUAUUUAUUUUCAAUUUAUCGUGGAGGAAGUUAAAUCACGAAUACAAUAUACUAUUUCAGCAGGAAAAGAUCUCACCAUGGCACCAUCAGGAAGAAAGCAUGGAGGAAAAGCUGGUAAACCAGCACAAGAAGAUCAGACCAUACCUAGUUAUGACUUUGAGGAGGAAAGAAAACUGAGUGGAUCAGAGGAAGACAUUAGAGAAGGUGACACACCAGUAAUGGACAAGCAUGGAAAGAAAAGACCUCUGGUGACUACUCAUGUUCCAGAUGAUGUGGGGGGUGAAGUACAGAAUAUGUUGGAGAGAUUUGGAGCUGACAUUAACAAGGCUCUCCUAGCUAAGAGGAAACGAUUAGAGAUGUAUACAAAAGCCUCACUCAAAACCAGUAACCAGAAGAUUGAACAUGUUUGGAAAACACAGCAGGAGCAAAGGCAGAAGCUGAAUCAUGAGUUCUCCCAGCAGUUUAUGACCUUAUUUCAGCAAUGGGAUGUAGAUGUGCAAAAGGCAGAGGAACAGGAAGAAAAACUAGCGAAUAUGCUUCGUCAGCAACAAAAAGUUUUUCAACAGGCAAGAAUAGUUCAAAGUCAGAGACUGAAAACCAUUAAGCAACUCUACGAGCAAUUCUUAAAGAGCAUGGAGGAGCUGGAGAAGAGCAAUGAAAAUCUUCUGGCUGGUGCCCAAAAUGAACUUCGCAAGGAAAUGGCGAUGUUGCAGAAGAAAAUUAUGAUGGACACUGUAAGUAUCACAUUUAUGAAGUUAGUUAAAUGCAAAAACAGGACAUUCAAUUUAACAUGAUAUAUUUGACAUUAAUUUAAUUCAAAGGAGUCAUAUUGAUACAGCAUUUGUUCGGCAUUAUCUCCUUUUCUUGUGACAGCAACAGCAGGAGAUGGCAACUGUUCGCAAGUCUCUUCAGUCCAUGUUAUUCUGAUGGCUCAGUGGAGAAGCAACAUGUACCUAAGUAACAUGAUACAAGUACAGGCAUUAGAAGGAUGUUGAGAUUUAAAUGUUUCAAGGUUCCUAUUAAGCUCUUUCCUGGAUUGUUCUAAUCUUGUCUGUUACUGUUGUAAGAACAUAUCUUAGUAAAUUUUUAUUACUGGGGAGCAGUAUGGACCCCAAACCA